AUGUUUGAUUUUGGGCUCAUCAUGAUGUCACAUGAAAAGGAGGCUGAGAGGCGUGUCAGUGAUGUGAGUGGCACAGAAGGGUACAGAAACCCCACUGAAGUCAAGAUGAGUCAGAUCGUUUUGCCCUGUCAUGCAAACCACCGUGGGGAGCUGAGCGUGGGACAGCUGCUCAAGUGGAUGGACUCCACUGCCUGUCUGUCAGCUGAAAGACAUGCAGGUUGUUCCUGUAUCACAGCCUCAGUGGAUGACAUCCAUUUUGAACACAUCAUAGGUGUUGGAAAAGUUGUCAAUAUUAUUGCAAAAGUGAACAGAGCCUUCACAUCUAGUAUGGAAGUUGGUAUAUUGGUCACUUGUGAAGACCUUUACACAGACAGACAGUGGAAGGUGUGCCAUGCCUUUGCCACCUUUGUUGCCCGACGAACAGAGACUGGAAAGGUCCAGCUCAAACAGGUGAUGCCUCUCACACAAACAGAACAAAUGGAGUAUAGCCUGGCAGCGGAGCGGCGAAGGAUGAGGCUCAUACAUGCUGAGAUCAUGACAGACCUCCUGAGCAGCAGCACUUCUCAGCUGGGAGAGUGCCGAGAGUAUGAAGAUGCUGUUCCAGCAGAGAGGACCCGAGUGGAGAGUGUGGAGCUGGUGCUUCCUCCUCAUGCAAACCACCAGGUCAGCACCUUCGGAGGCCAGAUCAUGGCCUGGAUGGAGAACGUGGCCACCAUUUCAGCAUGCCGCUUGUGUAACGCUCACCCAACUCUCCGGGCCAUUGAUAUGUUUCAUUUCCGGGGCCCGUCACAUAUCGGUGAUCGUUUGGUGCUCAAAGCCAUUGUAAACAAUGCCUUUAAGCACAGCAUGGAGGUGGGAGUGUGUGCAGAGGCCUACCAGGGAGGGGAGCCUUUGCGUCACAUAAACAGUGCCUUUAUGACUUUCGAAGUGUUGGACAGUGAUCGAAAACCACAAACUCUCCCACGGAUACGACCAGAGCCUGUGGACGGAUUAAGGCGCUACAAGGAAGCCAUAGCUAGAAAGAAGAUACGUCUUGAUAGGAAAUAUAUCAUCUCCUGUAAGCAUAAUGAAGUUCCUCUUUCGGUUCCCUGGGACCCAAGUAAUCAGAUGUACCUGAGCUAUAAUAACGUUUCAGCGCUAAAGCUAAUGGAUGCUAGAAACAGUUGGAUUUUAACCUCGGAGAAAAACAAGGUCAGGCUUUACACACAGGAGGAAAAUCAGCGGCUGCUCUUCAAAGUGGAGAUGCAUGUGUGCGUCCCGGCAGCACAGACCUUCUACCUGUUGUCCGAUCUGACCAGGAGGACACAGUGGGACCAACACUAUGAAGAGUGUGAGGUGAUCAUGCAGGCGGAUGAAGACGACACCAUAUACCGAGUGACCACACCCUCGGUCAGCAAGCGGGACAAACGCAUGGAGUUCAUCCUGCUGGCAUCUCGGAGGAAGCCUUGCGACGCCAGAGACCCUUAUCUGAUUGCACUGCGCUCUGUCACUUUACCCACUCACCCACCCGCUGAGCUCUGCACCCGGGGAGAGGUGCUCUGUGCUGGCUUCACUAUCCUGGAGGAGUGCAGUUUUGUGUCCAAGGUCACAUACUACAAUCAGGCCACCCCAGGAGUCCUACCCUACAUCUCCACUGACAUCGCUGGAUUGUCUUCUAGCUUUUACAGUUCGUUUUCGGCUUGUAGUCUCUAUCUGGAAGCCAACAAACACAGCCAGACAGUAUGA